AUGACCACUCCUGGCACCCGGGCCAUGUCCCGUCUUCAGCUCACGCAAAACCAUCUUAGAGCAAAUUCCACGGUCCCCCAUUUUGAAAGUGUAACUGUUGGGGCUAAAUACUCUCCAGAGUAUAAGAACUAUGCUGUGAAUCCUAUAGCGAACAAGGUUGUGCUGUACUUCCACGAUAUCCCGUUACUGCAGAAGAAGGAGGCUAGAACCGCCACCAUGGUUGUGGAGGUGCCUCGCUGGCUGAACGGUAAAUUCGAAAUCGACCCAAAACAACCAGGGAACCCGAUUGUCCAAGAUAUCAAGAAGGACAAGGUCCGUUUUGUGAGGAACCUUUUCCCAUAUCACGGAUAUGUGCAUAACUACGGUGCUCUUCCACAGACAUGGGAGGAUCCCACGAAGAAGAGCAAUGUGGAGGACUUGUUUGGUGAUGGAGACCCAUUGGAUGUAUGUGAGAUUGGAGCCAAGGUGCUACCCACGGGCAGUGUUGUGACUGUGAAGGUCUUGGGCUCGUUGGCCUUGAUUGACGAUGGAGAAUUGGACUGGAAGGUGAUUGUUAUCAACACUGAGGACGAAUUGGCACCAAAGCUCAACGACAUUGCAGAUGUGGAGAAGGAGUGUCCUGGUCUUCUUGCGGCCACGAGGCAGUGGUUCAAGGACUAUAAGAAGCCUGACGGCAAACCUGAGAACGUGUUUGCUUUCAAGGGUGAGUAUUUGGGUGCUGCUGAGACAUGGGAGACUGUGGAGGAGUGCCACGAAGCAUGGAGAAAGCUUGUGAGCGGCGAAACAGAGGCAGGAAAGUAUGCUAUUCAGAAUGUCACUUUGGAUGGAACGCCAGGAAAGAAGAAUACUUUUGACUUCAACAAUGAGGUCUUCGUUGCCUCUGCUGUGUCUGAUGCGCUCAUCCCUGAUGAGGUGCACAAGAGUUUCUACUACUAG